UAUAGAUAUUUGCAUUGCCGCUUACGCUUGAAGGCUCGAUGUCCAGCUCGAGGAAUAAAACAAGGGAAUGACCCUAUUAUUCUUUCUAAAAACCACUCUCACAGAGUCAUGCAGCAAAAUCGACUUAGUCAGAGAUUUAAAGUCGAGCUAACGGCUUCAGCCCGUCAGUCUUUUUUACCUUUGCUCACAAUUUACAAUGAGGUGGCUGCUAAUUUUCCGGACCUAGUUGUGGCUAGUGAACCGUUUCAAAGCGUACACAGGCUGAUGGCCAAUUCUCGUCACAGAUUUAUUCCAGAUGAUGUGGAGAGUUACGUUGAUUUAAUUAAUACUCUCAAUAAUCCACAUUAUCAUCAGUUACGCGAGUACUACCGUGGUUAUUCGCUCAACUUUUCAGCCCUGCAGGAUGACGCUCUAAUUAUCGGAGAUCCGGAGUUGAUUGCAGAGUUUGCGUUUGAUACUUUCUUCAUUACGACAACUACAAAUGUCCUCCCACAAGUGAAUAAUACGCGUUUAAUAAGCAGUAUUGUUGCCAAAUACAAUAAUAAUGCUUUUCCGGUGAUUACCAUUUUUUGGAAAGACAUGAAUGCAGACGUGGUUGUUGAAGUAUUCAAUCAACUCCGUCAAUCAUUUUUAGUAGAUGGAAAUGUUAGACGUAUUUAUACGGAUUUAUGCUUCAAAAAUUGUUUGCGAAGCGCUUUUCCACAAGCUGAAGUUAUUAGUACAUAUGACAGUUUUGGCCGUAUGAUUUAUCAGCAAGCAAUUAAUCAUGGUGUUGAUUUUCACGAUAUUGAUCAAAAAGAAUUUUUUAUGAGAAUCAUGGCGCUUACGCUACUUCCUGAAGACAUGGUAGCCGAUGCGUUUAAUCAGUCGGUCGCCGCUUUAAGUCCUCCAAAUCGUCUGGCGCUGCAAGCUUUUAUUAAUUACAUCGAAAAUGGGUGUAUUAAUGGAACAGAGUUGGUAAAUUUUUUUAAUUCUCCUGAUGCAUUUACUAAUGCCGGGAUUUUGGCAAAACAAGAUCUACAAAACCGUGUAGGAGUUAAUCCUACCAUUUGGGAUUUCAUGAAGAAAUAUAUUUUGUACAUGAAUACCAUGAAAGUGGAUUUGAAUAAGCUCCAGCAGAAUCCAACAGCAACAAUUAAUCGAUUCCCUCGAGCUAACAAUUCAUGUAUCAAAAAAACAUUAUUACGCCGAUUGUGGACACUGCUGAAUCGAAGUAAACUUUCUGCGGAUAACUUUUUAGUUAGAAUCAUGCAUCUGCAAGAGGAAUACUGCAACGGAUUAAUUUUCAAUGAUGAAUUAAUGCUUGCACAGCAAUUAAUCAUCAUCGAAGAUGAUCUGAAUUUGAACGAAGAGGUUCCCGGAAUGCGGUGCGCUAUUUGUGGCUUGAAUCCAGUUAAGAUUGUUUGUCUUCCCUGUCUACACACUCAAAUGUGUGGAGAAUGUUCCGUGAACAUAAGAAAUGCAGCAGGAAAUAGGAAUAUUCAAUGUCCUUUUUGUAAUCUGCCUGUCCGAUUUGGACAAGGUCAAUUUCGGCAAAAUUUUGACGGCAGCGUUUUAAUGAUCUGCGAGCAGUGUAAUGUAAGGGAGAUAUCAAUUGUGUGUGUACCAUGCUUACACAUCCGUUUUUGUCAACAUUGUUGCGAUGAAAUCACUGCAAGCGGUGCUUCAAGAUGUCCUGCCUGCGACCACGAAGUGAGAUUUGAAAAAGGCUACUUUCCAUAAGAAAAUAUAAUCAAAAUUAACCCUUUCUAU